AUGACAAUCUAGAUUAACACCACUUGCACUUUAUUGUCAAUUUGCCUUUUCGCACCGCAAGAAGCAAGAACUCUCCCUCUCCGCCCGUCAGACAGGCAAGCGUGCCGUCCGCAAGUUGUUAUCUGAACGCUUAUCAGCAGUGAGUGAACUCGCGAGUCAGUGCUCUCGACCCGCGAUGGCUCUCUUCGUCAAGUCCCUCUGCAGGGCCGCCGUCCGGCCUCAGCUGGCCGCCCUGCUGCGAAGCACGUCCUCUACUCCGCCGCCGGCUUGCAGGUUCCUGAGCACUUCGGCACGGCUAAUGUCGCAGGAGGAGACAAUCUCCGUGACCUUCAUCAGGGCCGAUGGCAAGAAGAUCAGUGCCAAGGGCAAGGAAGGUGACUCUCUUCUGGACGUGGUCGUCAAUAAAGAAGUCGACCUCGAUGGUUUCGGUGCUUGUGAAGGAACCUUAACCUGCUCAACGUGCCACGUGAUUUUGAGCAAAGAAGUGUACGAGAGUUUAGCACGUCCAACCGACGAAGAGCUUGACAUGCUUGACCUGGCGUUUGACCUCACCGACACGUCAAGACUUGGUUGCCAAAUUACGCUUACUAAAGAACUCGAUGGACUGGAAGUGAAAGUACCAGCCUCUGUGAAUGACGCAAGACAGUGAUUUUUUGCUACCGUGUUAUUAAGAUUGUUGUUCAGCUGCAUUUUAAACAGCAAACAGUUUUAAGCAAUACGUCCAGUUUGAGUUUCAUGUGAACAGUUUACCUGAUGUAGUUUUGUCAAAGAUGUGCUUGGCUAAACUGUCAAAUUACAAAUCCCGAGCAAAGACAGUCAAGUGGUUGCUAAAGAGAGUGGGAUGUAUCUAUUCUAAAGUUCAAGUAAUGCUAGAUGCGUUACGCGUGAAUGUUUGCAUAUUUGAGUUUAAAUGUUAUGAUAUUUUCACUCACUCUCGUUUAAAUUUGGCUGUUUCCGCGGCUGGCUCGUGGUGGCAAGCUACUUUACCCAUUUUUCUAUUGUCUGCUCCCAAUCUCUUUUUAUGAUUAUAGAUCCCAACUUAUGCUAGUUACUAAAGCACAAUGAAGUAAGUUGUGGCCUUACUCAGGAUUGAACUGAAUAGCUUGACAUGAAAGCUGGACAAAUUUGCUGUUUUUAGAAAUAUAUAUAUUAUGUUUACUUGAAACACAAACCCAUCCUGUUCUUUUGAUAUGAAAUGCUGCUUCCUUGUUGAUUAUUCCUUAGAAAGCAUUCACCAAGCACAAUACUACUUGUACAUCUUACAAGCAGUCAAUAUUUUCACAUAAAAAUAUACUAUUUCAAUUGAAAAAUAUAAUUUUUUAAUUUUAUACAGAGUUCCACUGAUUUCACUUUAAGUAACAGCCAUAAAAGUUAUUCAUUAAAAUUCCUGUGUUGGAUGGAAGCCUCUGUGCACAGCGGAAUUUGCAACCAAUUCGGUCACAGCCUCUUCCAUCUUUUUCCCAGCAUCUUUUUCGAUGUUCAUAAACUGUCCAAAUAUAUAUUUAACCUUGAGCGGAUCGAUAACUGUUAAUAAAUUAAGUUAAUGUUA